UGAAGUAAAAAGAGGGAAAGUUAAAUAUGGUGGACGUGGAUGAAUUGAGAAGAGGCGUUCAACGAGAAUUAUUAGCAAUUGCUCGGUAUGUGGAGGAAAAUUUUCCAAAGGACUAUAUUUUAAGGUUGGUGGAAGAUGUAAUGGAAAGUCUUGGAGAAAUAUCUGCACUGAGGGAUGCAGACAUGGACGAAGCUGUAUGGCGCAAUCUUGAGGAGGUAUGCAUGCAACUACGUGUUGAAGCUAGGCAGUCAGGACCUGGACGACCUAGACUAGAGAUACCAGUGGACAUUAUGGAGUCAUAUGUUCUUCUGGGGUUACCUGCUACCAAAAUAGGUGAACUGUUUGGAGUGUCAACUAGAACCAUCAGAAGGAGAAUGGCAUCCCAUGGAUUGAAGUUGUCAGAUUUGUACACUCCACUGACUGAUGAUGAACUUGAUGGCAUUGUCGCAGACAUCCACAGGCAUAAUCCCAGAGCAGGGAUUAGGAUGAUUCAUGGUCUUCUUAAAUCACAGGGUGUACAUUUGCAAACCUAUCGUGUGCAAAACUCACUGCGACGAGUGGAUCCUGAGGCUGCCCUAGCACGGCAAAUAUCCAUGCAUGUGUUGAGGCGCAGGCAGUAUGCAGUCCCUGCUCCAAACAGUUUAUGGCACAUUGAUGGAAACCACAAACUAAUAAGACAGCGGAUCGUGAUACAUGCAGGAGUGGAUGGAUUCAGCAGGCUUAUUGUUUACAUUGAUGCAGCUACAAACAACAAAUCCACGACUGUUCUGGACAGCUUCAUGUCGGCUGUUGCUCAGUAUGGCUUACCAUCCCGUGUAAGGUCUGAUAAGGGUGGGGAAAAUGUUGCUGUUGCCCAUUACAUGGUGAGCCAUCUAGGAACAGGCAGGCAGUCCCACAUCACUGGAUGCAGUGUGCAUAACCAAAGAAUCGAAAGAUUAUGGAGAGAUGUGUAUGGAAAUGUCCUCGACUUGUUCCAUACACUCUUUCGCAAUUUGGAAUUGGAAGGGUUUCUAAAUCCUGACAAUGAACUAGAGUUGUUUGCUCUCCACUGGAUCUAUGUUCCACAGCUUCAGCAGCACCUUCAGGCAUUCAAGGAUGCCUGGAAUCACCACAGCUUGAGGACAGAGAGAGGGCAGUCCCCCAUGCAACUGUGGCUUAGUCAGACACGUGAGGGAAAUAAUGCUGAUCCACUUCAGGUUGCUGAUGAUUACGGCGUAGACUGGACAGGACCUCACAACCCAUACCCAGACGGUGUCACUGUACCUGAUGCACAACUACCCCGGCAGCUUACACAGGCUGAAAUUGCAUCAUUACCUGAUCCGGACAUUCCUUUUUCUGCGGCACUGCAGGCAUACAUGGAUACAGUGAAUAUUAUUAAGGACAUUUUUCAACAAACAUAGGCAUAUCAUGAUGGACUGUACAAUAAUCAUAACAUUAUAAACAGCACCUUUAAAAAGACAUAAAUAUUGCAAAUUCCACUUUAUGAAAUGUUUGGUGAUUAAUGUUAUGACAACUUGUGG